UAAGAGAGGGGGAGAGAAAGAGGUGUUCAUUGCAGCGCACACUCACUCACUUCUACUUCUCCCAGAAGAAGAGGGCUGCAGCUUCAUCACCAUGUCGCGGUUCUUGGAAGAGGCGAUAGGGUGUGCUUCGAAAAAAUCAGCGGAAGGCGCUACUUGAAAUAAAUGGUCGCGGGUAAAUAACAGGAUACAUGGAGAUAACACAAGUCUGCGCCUGUGAGAAACCUGUGCAAGGGAAAUCCUCGGGAGGUCCCAGGAGAAGAUGGAGACAUUCUGGAGAAGAAAACCUCUUGUUGAGAAAGAGCGCCGCGUGAAAGCCAACGCGUGGGACUACAAUGACAGGUUCUCUUAUGCCGAUAAUCGCAUCAAAACCUCAAAGUACAAUAUCUUCACCUUCCUGCCCAUCAACUUGUUUGAGCAGUUCCAGAGGGUGGCAAACGCUUACUUCUCAGUGCUCUUAAUACUGCAGUUAAUUCCAGAAAUAUCCUCCCUGUCCUGGUUCACAACCAUCGUGCCUUUGGUUUUUGUGCUCGUGAUCACGGCUGUUAAGGACGCCACAGAUGACUAUUUCCGAUACAAGAGCGACCAACAAGUCAACAACCGGCAGUCACAGGUUCUCAUCAGAGGAAGUUUGCAGAAUGAAAAAUGGAUGAACGUUCGAGUAGGGGAUAUCAUCAAACUAGAGAACAAUCAGUUUGUUGCUGCAGACAUCCUCCUUCUCUGUAGCAGUGAGCCUUACGGUCUGUGCUAUGUUGAGACUGCAGAGCUAGAUGGAGAGACCAAUCUAAAAGUCCGUCAGGCUUUAACCGUUACCUCAGAUUUAGGAGACAUUUCUAAACUGAUGGACUUUGAUGGGGAAGUCAUUUGUGAGCCUCCAAACAACAAGCUGGAUAGGUUUACUGGAACAUUGUACUGGAAAGGCAAUAAAUAUCCUCUGGAUAAUGAAAAAAUGCUUCUGCGGGGCUGUGUACUCAGAAACACUGAGUGGUGCUUUGGAAUGGUCAUAUUUGCUGGCUCACAAACCAAACUGAUGCAGAACUGUGGAAGGACGAAACUGAAAAGGACCAGUAUCGACAAACUCAUGAACACUCUGGUUUUGUGGAUUUUCGCCUUCCUUAUUUGUAUGGGAGUUAUUUUGGCAGUUGGACACACUAUUUGGGAAACGUAUGUCGGCACAAACUUCAGAGUGUUUUUGCCGUGGGACACGUUCCAGAUUAGCGCUGUGUUCUCUGGAUUCCUCACCUUCUGGUCCUACAUCAUCAUCCUCAACACUGUUGUGCCCAUCUCUCUGUAUGUCAGUGUGGAAGUCCUGCGACUUGGUCACAGUCACUUCAUUAACUGGGACCGGAAGAUGUACCACAGCCCGAUGGGCACUGCAGCCCAAGCUCGCACCACCACCCUGAAUGAGGAGCUGGGCCAAGUGGAGUUCAUCUUCUCUGACAAGACAGGCACGCUCACCCAGAACAUCAUGGUCUUCAGCAAGUGCUCCAUUAAUGGACAGAUGUAUGGUGAUGUGUAUGAUGAAUUUGACCAGAAGGUGGAAAUUACUGAGAAAACAGCCUGCGUGGAUUUUUCCUUCAACCCUCUCUGCGACAGAAGGUUCAAGUUUUACGACAGCAGCUUGGUCGAAGCCAUCAAAAUGGAGGAUCCUGCAGUGCAGGAGUUUUUCAGGCUGCUGGCUUUGUGUCACACUGUCAUGCCAGAGGAGAAGAGUGAAGGAAAUUUGGUGUACCAGGCACAGUCACCUGAUGAGGGAGCGCUGGUCACUGCGGCGCGAAACUUUGGGUUUGUCUUCCGGGCGCGAACCCCAGAAACCGUCACGCUGUGUGAGAUGGGACGAACCGUCACCUACCAGCUUCUGGCCAUACUGGACUUCAACAACGUGCGCAAGAGAAUGAGUGUCAUUGUGAGAAGCCCAGAAGGCCAGAUUAAACUCUACUCCAAAGGCGCUGACACGAUUAUUUUCGAACGUCUGGAUCCAUCCUGUGAAAACCUCAUGUACACUACCUCAGAACACCUCAGUGAAUUUGCUGGGGAAGGGCUUCGAACAUUAGCUCUGUCCUACAAAGACCUCGAUGAAGAUUAUUUUAAAGUUUGGAUGAAGAGGCUUCUCUUUGCCAGCACUGUAAUAGAGAAUCGCGAAGAUCAGCUUGCUGUCCUUUACGACGAGAUCGAACUGGGCAUGAAGCUUCUAGGAGCCACGGCGAUUGAAGACAAACUUCAGGAGGGAGUUCCAGAGACCAUCGCCUGCCUAAAUCUAGCUGACAUUAAAAUCUGGGUCCUUACAGGAGAUAAACUAGAGACAGCAAUGAACAUUGGCUACUCCUGCAACAUGCUGCGAGAUGACAUGAAUGAGGUGUUUGUUAUCUCCGGCCACACCCUGCAGGAUGUGCAGCAGCAGCUCAGGAGCGCCAAAGAGCACAUCCUCGGCCUGAGUCGCGUGAGCAGUGCAGGACAUGUUGAGAAGACGGAUGCGUUUGCAGACGAUUCUGUGUUUGAAGAAGCUAUAAUUGCAGAGUAUGCCUUAGUUAUCAAUGGACACAGUCUGGCUCACGCUCUGGAGCCCCAGCUGGAGCACAUCCUGUUGGAUUUGGCCUGUCUAUGUAAAACGGUGAUCUGCUGCCGCGUCACGCCGAUGCAGAAAGCUCAGGUGGUGGAGCUGGUGAAGAGGCACAAGAGAGCUGUCACCUUGGCCAUAGGAGACGGAGCCAAUGAUGUCAGCAUGAUCAAGACUGCUCACAUCGGUGUUGGGAUCAGCGGACAGGAGGGGAUGCAGGCUGUUCUGGCCUCAGAUUACUCCUUUGCCCAGUUCCGGUACCUGCAGAGGCUCUUGUUGGUUCACGGACGCUGGUCUUACUUCCGCAUGUGUAAUUUUCUGGGAUAUUUCUUCUACAAGAACUUCGCCUUCACCCUGGUGCACUUCUGGUACGGUUUCUUCUGCGGCUUCUCAGCUCAGACUGUGUAUGACCAGUGGUUCAUCACCCUCUUCAACAUUGUCUAUACAUCGCUGCCAGUACUAGCGAUGGGACUUUUUGAUCAGGACGUCAAUGACCAGAACAGCCUUCGCUACCCAAGUCUGUACAAACCCGGCCAGCAAAACCUUCUCUUCAACAAGCGUCAGUUUUUCCUGUGCACACUGCAGGGGGUUGCCACGUCAUUCCUGCUUUUCUUCAUUCCCUACGGGGCUUUCCCUCUCAUGGUGAAAGAAGACGGCUCCUCCUUUUCAGACCAACAGGCGUUCGCCGUCACCAUAGCAACGUCCUUGGUCAUUGUUGUAAGUGUUCAGAUCGGACUCGACACGCACUACUGGACUGCCGUCAAUCACCUCUUCAUAUGGGGGAGCCUGAUGGUGUACUUUGCCAUAUUAUUUGCAAUGCAGAGCGACGGCUUAUUUGGCAUUUUUCCGAGCAGCUUCCCAUUUAUCGGCACGGCUCGUAACUGUCUGUCAGAGAAGAGUGUGUGGUUGGUUGUUCUGCUCACCACUGUGGUGUGUGUUAUGCCUGGCUUAGUCGUCAAGUUCCUCAGAGUGGAUCUUUUCCCGACGUUGACAGACAAGGUUCGUCGUCUCCAACAGUCCAGGAAGAAACAAGGACCUCAGGAACAGAACCUGAGGCGAGUACGCAGGACAAGCUCCCGCCGCUCUGCCUACGCCUUCUCCCACCAACAAGGCUUCGGCGAGCUGAUUACCUCAGGCAAAAACAUGAGGAGGAGCACAGUCUCUUCACUUUGCUCCCCUGAAAGAACAGCACAAAGCCACAGCUCCAGCUGGAUAGAAAGCAUGUUAAAGAGGAAGAAUGAAGUUUCCUGUGCCUCACCUAAAAGUGAAGGUGGAGCACCAGAAAGCAGCAACAGAGCAAUACAGACUUGAAGCAAAAAAAGCACGCAGACUGAACUCGACGUUUAAGACUCUGCAUAGAGUAAAGGGUACCGUAUGCAUGGAUCCUGCAGACCAAGCACAAUUUUGGGUGAAUCUUUGCUCAAAUCAGCUACACAAAUGUACCUCAGUUAUUUUUGUUUUUUAAAGUGUGAGUUGUGCGGACACUGAAUGUUAUAAAUGCCAGCCAAAACACAAUUAAACGAAGGAACCUCUCCCAAACGAACAAAGAAACUGGCAAACUCUCACUCUGACACUCAUGACAAUAUUUGCAUGAAUUGCGAAAGUUAAAGAAACAUUUAUAGUUGCUCGGAAAUAAUCCAGUUUGACCUCAGUUUUGUACCAUUAUAAUGGCAUGUCCUCUUCUGAUUAAUAAAGACCUUUCAGUACUUUUAGCUGUUACCAAACAAACCUUUGUGCAAUAAAAACAAACCCAGUUCCCCAAAAAGUCAGAACGAUGUAUAAAAUGUAAACAACGGCAGAAUGGCAAUCACUUGCAAA